GCCGAUGAAUGCAAUGGGGCGGUCCACGUCGUCGUGUUCAUCAGGGCAGGCAGGUGAUAGAAAUACGAAAAGCAACUACAAAAGCGUUGAAGAUUUCAAGAUCACCGCCGGAGAUGACCAGCUACUUACCGAAGAGCAAUUGGAGGAGCAGCGGAGAACCCAGCUACAACAGGCGCGGAAGCGCCGCAGGAAGCACUGUUACCGCUACAACAACACUUACGACAACCCGUCCCAGCUCCCCACCGACCGGGCGACUUGUCUCUGCGGCUUGCCGAGCACGAGAUCGGGGAUUUUCCCCUCGAAGUUUAAGUACCCCGAGACCAACAUUUCCG